GGUUUCUCCACAGUGAAUCUUUUUUCCUUCCUCUCCUCAAUAAUCGCCUUCUGGGUACUUGUGUUAAAGCUCCCCUUAUUGGUGUAGAAGAGCAAUAUCCUUGAAGAAAUGGCAACUGAGAAUCCUAUUAGGAUGUCUGGUAGCAAUGAAAGAUGGUCUAAUUCUAGAAAGGUUUCUGUUCCUAAUCGAAGUGGCAGUGCCCCACCGAGCAUGGAGGGGUCUUUUCUAGCUGUCGAUAAUCUAUUGUCACGACAGGGCGGCUCGGGUUAUAAUAACUUGAAGCUACCGAGUUACGGGUUUGAGGAGCCUGUGGCCACUCACCCUUCUUCUAAAAACAACCUUAAUCGCAUACCUUCCCCACCGAUUUAUUACCCUACUGAUUAUCAGUUCAUAGACAAUCGUGUAGGUAGAUUUAGAAGUAAUCAGGGAUUGAAUAAAGUUAAUUCUCCCAUUCAUUUGUCCCAAGGUAAACUUCCUACUCAUAAGGAAGUGUCUGAGGAUGAAAGCUCCCAACAGUUAUCUGUUACUAGUGUUUCAGAUAGGACUAAUGGGUUAGACAUUUCGCCUGGUUCUCAAAGUUUGGCUGAUUUCAGGCAGGAUGAUAAUUCUUCUGGGCCGACCCUUCAACAUAGUCGGUCUAACUCUUCAAAUGGGGAAGUGAACACAGCGGAUGAGAGUGGUAACUUCUCGGAGAUGUCAGAUGAUGUCAUGGUUAAAGAUAAUGCUGAUUCAACAGCAAGAGCUUCCAUUGGCAAUGAGAAAAAUCCAGAUGAAUCGUCUAUUAUCUCUAAAAUGAAGAAUACUAGCAUAUCCGGACCUGGAAUGGCUAAAUACCCUCGAGAACCAAGGUAUGCACAGCCAGAAAGGCAGCUGCAUCAACAGCAAAAUAAUGCAACCUGGAUUCAAAGUGGCAGCAAAAUGGGUUCUCCUGGUGUAAACGAUGCAGUUAUCGGGACCGGACAGUUUCAUUAUGGACAACCUUACAAGUUCUCGGGUGAUGGUCAGCCUGUACUUCAGUCUUCCGGUUUUACGCCGCCUCUGCUUUAUACUGCUACCCAAACGGCUUAUAUGACUUCACCGGCUCAUGUCUAUAACAUGCAGUCUCCUGCUGUUUAUUCUCCUCAGUAUGGUUAUGGACCAUACACCAACAUGAUCCCACAGUUUAUGCCUGGAUACCCUUCCCAUGGUUCUGUUCCAGUUAUUGUCAGUCCAGAUUUCAUUCCUCAAUUAUCUGGGCCAAGUGCAGGAAAUGUAGUCCACGGAGGUGAAAUGCAGUAUGCGGAGAAGCUCUAUGUUCCACCAGGACAACUUUCUUUUCCAGAUCCUAUGUAUAUGCAGUACUGUCAACAGUCAUUUGGGCAGAUGGAACCGCUGGGUCCUAGGAACCACACAAAUGCUCCUGAGUCUCAGAAAGAUGAUCCAAAGUUUCUUCGACAAAUAAGAGGGCCAAGUAACUCUAAUAUGGGUAGAACGGGAAUGGGUGUUAAUUAUUAUGGAAUCCAGCCAAAUAUGGGCAUUAUGGUGCAGUAUCUGCCUACACAGCUCGGCCCUCCUCUUUCACCAGGUCCUGUUCCCUAUGUUGAGGAAUAUCCUGGAUGGCAGCCACAAGGGAGCUUAGAAGGUGCCAAUGGCCCUCGAUUGUGCAAUUUUCUUGAAGAGCUGAAAUCUGGGAAAGGUAGGAGGUUUGAUCUAUCUGACAUCACAGGACACAUUGUUGAAUUCAGUGCGGAUCAACAUGGGAGCAGAUUUAUUCAGCAAAAGCUUGAGAAUUGUAAACCAGAAGAAAAAGCAGCUGUCUUUAGGGAAAUUCUUCCUCAUGCUUGCAAACUCAUGACAGAUGUGUUUGGCAAUUAUGUCAUUCAGAAGUUUUUCGAAUAUGGAAACUCAGCACAGAGAAAGGAACUCGCUGAUCAACUCAUGGGACAGAUAGUACCACUUAGUCUGCAGAUGUAUGGUUGUCGCGUGAUACAAAAGGCUCUUGAUGUCAUAGAACCUGAUCAGAGAGUUCGUUUAGCACGUGAACUUGACGGGCAGGUCAUGAGAUGUGUUCGGGACCAGAAUGGAAACCAUGUGAUCCAGAAAUGCAUCGAGAACAUCCCGGCAGACAGAGUUGGGUUCAUGUUACAUGCAUUCCGUGGUCAAGUUUCCUCGCUCUCUAUGCAUCCUUAUGGCUGCCGUGUCAUACAGAGGCUUUUGGAGCGUUGCUCGCAUGACCAUCAAUGUAGGUUCAUUACCGAGGAGAUACUGGAAUCAGUAUGCGUCCUUUCCAAGGACCAAUAUGGUAAUUAUGUCACACAGCAUGUCUUGGAGAAAGGGACAUCUGAAGAAAGGGAGAGAAUCGUGAGAAAACUAUCAGGGCACAUCGUGCAGCUUAGCCUACAUAAAUUUGCGUCAAAUGUUAUAGAGAAGUGUCUGGAGUAUGGUGGUCGAAUUGAGCGGGACCUAAUCAUCAAAGAGAUUGCAGGGCCUGAUGAGAGCUAUAAUAGUCUAUUGAUGAUGAUGAAGGACCAGUAUGGAAACUAUGUGGUGCAGAAGAUAUUCGAGACAUGUACGGCUGAUCAGCGUGCAACAUUGUUCAGCAGAGUCAGAAUGCAUGCAUCUGCAUUGAAGAAAUACACAUAUGGGAAGCAUAUUGUUACUCGUUUGGAGCAGCCCUUUAUCGAAGAAAACCAAGAAUUGAGAUGAUGAGUGUCUCUUCUGAUUUGAAGACAGUGGGCUGACUCAGAUUUACUCUACAAUUCGCUUUUCAUGAAAGCUGGAUAUUCAUUGGGAAGGUUUUAGAUUGAUUAUGAAGGACAUUGAUGUUGUUGUUUACUUGGACUUUUAUCAUAGCCGUUGUGAUGAUUGUGUGGCAUGUUCUGUAAAUAUUCAUAAAUGUAUCAGUAGUUU